AAACACUUUGAUUCUUGUCCUGUUCUUUACUCAGCUGAAAUUGGCCUCUUUUACCUGAUCUACUACAUUUGCCUGGCCGCCUUCUGGGGUCUUCUGCUCUACAUAUUCCUUCUGACUGUUGACCUGGACCGUCCCACUUACAAUUCCUACGUCGGCCGGCCUGGUUUGACCGCCGUCCCAUUAGCCAAGUACAGCAUGAUCAAGUAUUCAGCCGCCAAUAACAACGACUAUGCAAAAUACGUCGAGCAACUCCAGGCCAUCUGGGAUUCUCUCGACCCAGCCAACCAGACGGAAGGAUACGUAGACUGCUCGAAUGGCACAGCACCCCCCGAGGGCUCUUUCUGCCGCUUUGAUCGCACCUCCCUGGGAGAGUUCUGUGUGCCCCCUGACUUUGGCUACAACCAACGGAAGCCAUGUGUGUUCAUCAGCUUGAACCGGGUUGUAGACUGGGUUCCUGAGGAUUAUGAACCAGGCGAGAUACCGGAGGAGGUGGCUGAUUCUUACAAGCCGGGCAACAUCGCCAUCAAGUGCGGGUCCUACAAAAACAAGAAGCCCGAACAGCUGGGCGAGGGCACCCGCAUCUACCCCUACCACGGCGUCCCCUUCCAUUACUUCCCCUUCAUGGCCACCACUAACGUGUCCCGGUGGGCCGGCUACAUCAAGCCAUAUGUUGCCGUGCGCUUCGACCUGCAGGCCAAGGAGGAGGACAUCAAAGUGCAGUGCAAGACCUACACUGCCACCAUUGAGCCCCUGAACGGCAUGUACGACACUAAGUUUGAGUCAGUUGUUGCUUUCUCCUUCCACCUCACCAAGGAGCCAGCUCAUUUGGAGCUGUAAAAGCCGAGAAUUCCUUCUUUUUUGGGGGGGAGGAAGUUGCUAGGACCAUGGCCAAAAUUCAGUUGAAUCAAUCAAAAAGUAUUUUCGGAUUUCAUUAAAUAAGCCAAGGCACAUUUUGUGCUUUUAGUUUGCUUUAGGAAGAGAAUACUGCCCUCUUGAGUUUGGUGUGUCACUUAGUUUGGCUGCAGAUGUAUAAAAAAUGACUGCAGGCAUUGCCAAUUCCAUUUAAGAAAGACUGCAAAGGGCGUAACCCAAAAGCAAGCUUUUUUACAUUUGAUUUUUUUUUCACUCCCUUCUUGGAAUUGUGGAAUGUUGUUUCUGGCUGGUCUGAAAUUUAACACAAACUUACAAAAUCUUGAUCAGAGGUGGUACAAUUGGCGGACACUUAGAAUGACUGACUGACUGGCACAACUUUGUUAGUAGGAUGACUGAAGUUGGGUAUCAUCAUUCAUGUUAACUCCAAGCAAAACGUGUGGAAGCAAUUUUUUUCUCUUUUUGGGAUGGAGGGAUCCAAAAACCAUCUACUCUUGCAUCUCGUGAGAAAAGUUGUGCCGUUCAUCAGUGAGAUGAUCCAGAGAAUUGUAUUUUUGCAGGAGCAUGCUCCAAUAUUUGAUCAAACUUAACCCUUCCUUAAA